AUGCAGAAGCAACUCACCAUGCUUCUCUUCGAUAAGAUGCUCCGUGGCAUCUCCACGGGAUUGGAAGAAUACGACGAUGAAGACGAUUCCGGAAUAGCAGAUCUGACAAGUGUGAACGUCAUUAGUCUUGUCACUCUGGACACGCAGCAGAUUGCAAACUGUAUUCGAGACGUCUAUCGAGGUUAUGAGGCUGUCAUCAAGUUGAUCAUUUCUGGAUGGUUCAUUCAGCAGCUCAUGGGCUGGGAAAGUUUGCUAGCUAGCAUCGUCAUGGUUGUGUUGCUCUUCUUCGGCAACGUACUUGUUGCAAAGCAACAUGCGCGUGAUCAGAUCGGACUCAUGGAGGAAAAAGAUCUUCGAGUGGCUGCCCUCACGGACGCUCUCGGAGGAGUUCGUCAAAUCAAACUGUCCGGAACCGAGCAAAAUUGGUUGACAUAUAUCUCACAGUUGCGAGAGAAAGAGUUGGCAAGUCUAUGGGCAGUAAACCGAUGGAACAUGGCUUCGAGCGCAAUCUGCACCAUGACCCCAAUCAUGCUUUCUGUGCUUGUCAUUUCGAUACAUGUAUACGUUACUGGACAGCUGAAGGCAUCAACAGCUUUUACAAGUUUGUCUAUCUUGGGCUCCAUCAACAACACACUAGGAGCUAUUCCGCAACUGCAAACCGGUUGGAUACGCGCCUUGAACAGUUUGAGGCGGCUCGAAGACUACCUCUAUGCACCUGACAAAUGCUUUCCCUCGACUGAUGACGACGAAAUUAGUUUCCAGAAUGCGACUCUUUGCUGGCAUGGAUCAAGUCCGGAUGUGUUUUCCCUCAGAGAUGUGACCUUAUCUUUUCCCCGGGGCGAUAUAAGUAUCAUCGAAGGGCCCAGCGGAUCUGGAAAGAGCUUGUUGUUGGCCGCAGUUCUUAGCGAGUGCGAAUUGGUUGCUGGUAGCGUCACAAAACCCUCUGUCGCCACCCAUGCGCCAACAACCGCAGGACGCUCUUGGUCUCUGAAUUCGUCUAUCGCGUACGUCGGACAGGCUCCUUGGAUUGAAGCUGGUACAAUCAUGGACAACAUUACUUUUGGCUUCCCGAUGCAAGCAAGGCGUUUUAGUACGGUACUUCAUGCUUGUGCUCUCGAAACAGAUCUAGCAGCUUUGAAGGAUGGCGACCAGACCGAAAUUGGACCGCACGGAGUGAACCUGAGCGGUGGACAACGCUUACGCAUCACACUUGCACGCGCCCUCUAUUCUCCCGCCGCUAUCCUAGUUCUGGAUGAUAUCUUCAGCGCUAUUGACGCCCACACAGCUCUUCAUAUAGCGCAGAACGUUCUAGGCGGCUCCCUUAUCCAAGGUCGUACUGUUAUCUUGGCCUCACACCAUCCUUCUCUCUACAUGCCCUACGCAGACUAUAUCGUAUCGCUAUCCAGUGGAGGCCAGUACGAAUGCAGGUUCACAGAACGUUGUGGCCUCACCAAGCCACAGGAAACUGUUUACACGACAAACGAGAUGAUACCGAGACGUCGUCGUGCAUCAACUAAGACGGCUGCAUCAAGACAUGCUCGCAAACCUUCUGUCUUUUCGGUGGCUUCCAUUGAGCCAUUCCCAAUGACUGAGUGUACAGAUGCCACGGAAGUUUACCGAUAUGUCGAAGAAGAGCAAGAACAAACCUCUGGAUCGCAACACAAGACCUUGAUACAGUAUUUGCAGUCCAUAGAACAUGCUUGGUAUCUCCCUCUUGCGUUACUAGCUUAUGCGAGCUACGUGGGUAUGCUCGUAGGACAGUCAUGGUGGAUCGCCCGUUGGGUACAACAGGACGAACGAACGACCCACAACUCACCCAAUCCAGGUCGUGAGAACGAAACCAGCCUUGUAUGGUACCUGAGUGUAUAUGUCACACUCGCAAUAACGUCGUGUGUCUUCGGUAUAGGCCAGAACUAUUUAACGUACUGUUGUGCGUUGAAUGCAUCAAGACGUCUAUUCGACAUGCUUUUGAAUGCCGUCCUGCGUGCGCCAAUGGACUUUACCGAACGGAAUCCACUGGGCCGGAUAAUGAAUCGUUUCACAAGCGAUACAGCCAUCCUCGAUGAACAGAUUGGUCAAAUCAUCGGCGGCGCCUUGACAAGCGCCUUGGUGUUGCUUUCUAUUUUCGGAGUGAGCAUUACCGUCAGCAGAUGGAUACUACCCAUGUCAAUUCCGAUGCUUCUGUUGUGCGCAUACAGUGCUAACCAGUUCCUCCGAGUGGCUCGCAAACUGAAGCAUCUUGACAACAUAAGCCGAAGUCCAGUCCUGGAGGGCUUUUGCUCUACGAUGGAUGGAUUGCCCACUAUCCGGUCUAUGCUGCUGCAAGAAAGAUACACGACUAAGUUUGCAACCCUGGUAGACGACAACACACGAGCGCUUUUGAACCUUUGGCUUAUCAACUCUUGGUUUGGAUGUCGCAUGGCGUUGAUUGGGUCAGCUUUCGUCACCAUGGCUAGCCUGGUUAUCGUCUUAAUGCCCGGUACCACAGUCGCCAUGACAGGCUUCGCACUAGGAUUCUUGAUCCGCUACACAGACAACAUCUGUACAUUUGUUCGAAACUUUGGUAGUCUUGAGCUUGCACUCACUAGCACCAGUCGCGUCAUUGAGUAUACGAAUAUUCCUAGCGAGAACUAUAGUGGCGGGCGCGUGCCACCUGCGGCCUGGCCGGAAGAGGGUCGUGUUCGCAUUUCCAACCUGGUCAUUCGGCACGCACCCCAUCUGCCUCCUGCACUGAAUCAGAUCAGUUUUGAAAUCGGACCUAAUGAACGGGUGGGGGUUGUCGGUCGCACGGGUGCAGGGAAGUCAACCCUCGCCAUGGCCUUCUUUCGUAUACUUGAGGCAGAACAGGGCUCCAUCACUCUUGACGGCAUGGACAUAGCGGACGUGGCUCUACAGCAGCUUCGCCAGCGUCUUUCGAUAAUCACGCAGGACCCGCACCUCUUCCCCGGUACUGUACGCUCAAACCUGGAUCCUUUUGGUACUCAUGACGAUACGGAUCUUCUUCACGCUUUGGGCCGAGUUCACUGGCCCGGCUCGGAUGAUUGGUUCAGCGAACAAGCUGAUAUGGUGUCUGGUUCGGGACUAUUUUCAGAUGCUGAUUCCGUCGUCCCUAGCCUCCAACACGCGACGUCGAUCCAGGGUCCCUCACUACUCUACCAACCCAUUCUCGAUGGGGGAGAGAACCUCUCUCAAGGUCAACGUCAACAACUUAGUCUUGCGCGCGCUAUUGUAGAUCGCUCGAAGCUUCUCAUUCUCGACGAAGCAACAUCUUCCAUGGAUCCCGACACGGAUGCGUCGAUUCAAAAGUCCAUACGUGAACUCUCCACUUGUGGAUUUGCAUCUAUGCUUGUUAUCGCGCAUCGCAUAAGCACGGUCAUGGACUUUGAUAAGAUCAUCGUUUUAGACAAAGGAGUUGUCGUGGAGUCGGGUAGUCCUGAAGAUUUGCUAAGGCUUCCUGGAGGAUAUUUUAGAGGUCUAGUUGAAAAUUCUAAAGGGACGGAUGAAUAG